UCACACUUUUGUUUUCGUUGGUUUCUUCUUGUGGAAAAUUUCCUUAUCAAUUUUUUGUGGGUUUCCCUAAUCGGUUUUGAAUCAUCGAGUGCUCUCAAUGUUAUCGAUUGUUAUCGCUGGUUUCCUGCCUUGUUCCGUAACCGUGUGACUGUAAACCGUUGCGAAUAGAGCGGAUCAAAAGGUGCUCAACGAAUACGCGGGGCGAUGGUUGUCUCUACCGCGGAACGGCUUGCGACGGAUUCCUCCGACACGUCGGAUGCCGAGGCCAAGAAAACGGAGGACCCUCCAAUAACGGCAGAAUGCGAUUCGCUGCACUCGGGCCGCCAGCUGGUCCACACCAUCCUGCCGAUCAACGUGGACGUCCUGUUCGAGCUACUGUUCUCCCGGUCCAAGUUUCUUACGGAGUUCCAUGAGGUACGCAAAACGACCGAUAUGGUACCGGGCGAGUGGAAGCCCAACAGCGAGGGGCUGAAGGAGCGCGUCGUAACCCUUACCAUUGCCAUCACGCAAACGAUCGGCCCAAAGAACGCUCAUGUCACCGAAACACAGGUGAUGCGUAAGUGCUCCCAACCGAGUCAGCUUUACGCGAUCGACGUGACGGCGGUGCAGGGAGGAAUUCCGUACGCCGACAGCUUCUACGUGACGCAGCACUACUGCAUGUCCCGCACGGUCGACAAUCACACGGUUUUCUCGGUGCACGCUCAGGUCCACUACCGCAAGUCGAUCUUUGGCUUCGUGAAGGGAUUCAUCGAAAAGAAUACCUGGGUCGGACUGGAGGACUUCUACACUUCGCUGUUGCGCAACCUGCAGAGUGAGUACUGCAUUCCACCGGCAAAGAGCAAGGGACGACGAACACGCCGAUCUGCCCACGGCCAGAGCAAAGGGGGACUGGGAAUCGAGGAAACGAUCGCGAUAGCAGUCGAUACGAAAACUAAGCAACCAUUGCGAUUGGUGGGCUCGGUAAGACCGGGUAUUAUCCAGGGCAGUGUACAACCAACGCCACCAAAAGCCACCGGAGGUCGAUGGCUUGUUGCCAUUAUGCUGCUGUUGCUGAUCUGCGUUAACCUGGCACUUUACCGGAAGCUGCUGCAGAUGGAGGACCUUGAGCGCGUAUCACGGCUAGACCACAUCGAAGAGCUCGAUUCGUUGCUGCUUGCUAAAAGCGUUCGAACGCGAAACGAUUGGCUAAUGAUCUUCCAGCAGCAAGAAACGCGCUACAGUGACGAAAUGCUCGAGUGGCAAAAGGUACUGUCGACGGUCACCGACAUGCUCAACAAAGCCAGCGUGCUUUGUACGAAGCUAUGCAAAGUGGCCGAAAACGUGACCGCUACUGGGGGUGCCUCGGGUUGAUCCGGCGGCACAGAGCAAGCAAGUGGCGACGAGGAUACGCAUUCCAAUCGCUAGUGCAAUAAUAGACGUUGCUUGUUGA